AAUAAUCUUUGUCUGAAAAUAAAACAUGAUCCUCAACUGCGUUUCCCCUCCAGUCAGCAGACGGCGACGCUGCCAGCGUGACGUAUAAUCUAGUGGACGGUUCUUCAGAAACAGCUGGUCACCCACCUCCGUAGCUUGCUAGCCAACAUAGCCGAAAGAUUCAAGCUAUUUAUACGCUUUCGGUGUAUAUUAGCUACUGUGUUUUAGACACAGAUCUGUCGUUUCAACUUGUUAACCUAUUUAAUUUAAUAUUACGUUAGUUUGUAUUAGUCAGCUAUAGUAGCUGGCUGGUUAAGUUAGCACUAGUCUAGUUGCUAAUGAUAACUAACUAGCUAACAUCCCCGAACAUGAGCUCCCUAAACUACUCUCCUCCUGUUAAAGAAGAGGAGGGCUGCUGGACGGAGAAUGAAGCUCUGGGGCUGAACAUUGUCGUGAAAGAGGAGAAGGAAGAAGAGGAUGUCACAGUUAAACAAGAAGUAGAAGUUGAGGCUGUUACAGUGAAAGAAGAGGAAGAAGCGUUCAGAGUGAAAGAGGAGGAGGAUGUUACAGUAAAAGAAGAUGAGAAAGAGGAGGAUGCCGUUUCUGGAGUGAAGAAGGAAGGGGAGAUUACAGUCACAUUGAAAGAUGAAGAGGAUGAGAUAGGAGAUCUGUUUAACACCAGAGAGAGACCAGACUCUCGCUAUGACAGCGGGAAGAGUCCUUCAGGUGAACCAGACCCAGAGACGCCCAAACCAGCAAGACAACACCACUGCUCCCACUGUGAAAAGAGUUUUCGCUGGUUAGGGAACCUAAAUCGCCAUGAGAGGACACACACUGGAGAAAAGCCAUACCACUGCUUCCACUGUGAAUUGAGAUUUUCCAAAUCAGGGGACUUAAAAGCUCAUGAGAGGACACACACAGGAAAAAAGCCUUUCCAAUGUUCACAGUGUGGAAAGAGUUUUAUUCAGUUAGGAAGCCUGAAGGAGCAUGAGAGAAUACACACAGGAGAAAAGCCUUACCACUGCUCCCAGUGUAAAAAUUGUUUUUCACGAGUAGGGGCCCUAAAAGCUCAUGAGAGGACACACACAGGAGAAAAGCCUUUUCAAUGCUCACAGUGUAAAAAGAGUUUUACUGUGUUAGCUAAUCUGAAAAGGCAUGAGAGAAUACACACAGGAGAAAAUCCUUAUCACUGUUUCCACUGUGGAAUUAGUUUUAUUCAGUUAGCGAGCCUGAAGGCGCAUGAGUGGACACACACAGAAGAAAAGCCUUUCCAGUGUUCCCAGUGUAGAAAGAUUUUUACCCUGUUAGCUAACCUGAAAAGGCAUGAGAGAAUACACACAGGAGAAAAGCCUUACCACUGCUUCCAAUGUGAAAAGAGAUUUUCCCGAUCAGGGGACCUAAAAGCUCAUGAGUGGACACACACGGGAGAAGAACCUUUCCAUUGUUCCCAGUGUGGGAAGCGUUUUACUGUCUUAGCUAACCUGAAAAGGCAUGAGAGAAUACACACAGGAGAAAAGCCUCAUCACUGUUCCCACUGUGGAAUGAGUUUUAUUCAGUCAAGGAGCCUGAAGGAGCAUGAGUGGACACACACAGGAGAAAAGCCUUUCCAAUGUUCCCAGUGUGGAAAGAGUUUUAUUGUGUUAAGUAACCUAAAAAGGCAUGAGAGAAUACACACAGGAGAAAAGCCAUUCCAAUGUUCCCAUUGUGGAAACAGUUUUACUCAGAGAGGGCACCUACAAGAGCAUGAGAGAAUUCACACAGGAGAAAAGCCUUACCACUGCUCCCAGUGUAAAAAUAGAUUUUCCCGAGUAGGGGACCUAAAAGCUCAUGAGAGGACACACACAGGAGAAAAGCCUUUCCAAUGUUCCCAUUGUAGAAAGAGUUUUACCGUGUUAGCUAUCCUGAAAAGGCAUGAGAGAAUACACAUAGAAGAAAAUCCGGGCACUGAAGACGUGGAUGUCGAUUAAGGCAACCCCUCACACAGUUAUACAGUUAUAUUUUAUGGAGGUUUAAUUCAGUUCUCUUCUCAGUAUUUAACUAAAUACUCUAUCUUUGGUAUGAGAGGGACUAGACGUAUCACUGCUCCCAGUGUGGAAAGAGUUUUACCUGGUUAAGGAGCCUGAAGGAGUAUAAGAAGACGCACCAAAAAGGCCCUACCACUGCUCUCUCUCUGUGUGUGGAAGGACAUUUUCCCAGUCACAGAACCUGAAAUCACAUGAGAGAAUAAAGGCGCGGUGUUCUGACUUAUUUCUGACUGAGAAUUGCCACAUGAAAUCAUAUUGUUUAUGAUAAUGCAUGUUUAUAUAAGGUCCCACAGUUGACAAUGCCCGUGAGAGCAAACACCAAGCAAUAAGGUCGAAGAAAUUGUCCAUAGAGCUCCGAGACAGGAUUGUGUCGAGGUACAGAUCUGGGGAAGGGUACCAAAAAUUGUCUAGCAUUGAAGGUCCCCAAGAACACAGUGGUCACCAUCAUUCUAGAAUGGAAGAAGCUUGGAACCACCAAGACUCUUCCUAAAGCUGGCCGCCUGCCAAACUGAGAAAUGGGGGUAGAAGGGCCUUGGUCAGGGAGGUGACCAAGAACCCGAUGGUCACUCUUGACAGAGCUCCAGAGUUCCUCUGUGGAGAUGUGUUAGAGGAAAUUAUAGUUUAGAUGAUUAAUUAUGUAUACAUUAUUUAUUAGAACCAUUUAUUCUAAUACUAUUAUGUUAUGAUUUGAAAAGUAUGAGUUUUUGGUUGAGCUGUUACUGAAAAUGUAAGCAGAAUGAAUUAAUUGUCUGAUGCCUCCUGGGAAAUUUAAGGAGGAGGGAUAAGAUAGUUUUUCAAACAGAUAAGAAUGUUUUGGUUGGAUUCCAUUAGUGGAGAGAAGUAUAUCUUUUAGACAGGUUGGAAUGUAGUUUAUGAGGGGAGUAAAACUUCUCUAGGACUGAAUACUACCUAUUGUAAGGAUGGGAGAGGGUGUGAAACUGAUGAUGUCAUUUUAUGUUCCCUUUCUUUAAAAUGUAAUGUUCUUUGUAUUUUGGGUCAGUACUCAUCAAGAAUAAAU